AUGUGUAAGGACGAAGACGACCGCAAGAAGUUAGUGACCGGCCAGAACAAGGACGGACUCACGGCCCUGCACUUCGCGGCUCUGGGCGAUGACCCGAAGGUCGUGGAGCUGCUGCUGGAUGUGGGGGCUGAUGUAAAUGCUGGGCAGUUCACCACUUUGCAGAACCGACGCUUCGCCUUGACUCCUUUGCACUUUGCCCUCGUCAAGGCCACGCUUCCUGCCGCCAACAUUGCAAAAAUGCUGGUGAAGUCAGGAGCCGACCUCAGCUUGGAGGCAGCCACAGCCGGCAGGACGUUGCCAUACGCGACGAUCGUUAGAGAGUGUUCCUGCGGGCUUUGUCCAGGUUUGGACAAUUACCUUUUACCCAAUCUGCUGCUGCCCUCAUACGGAGCUUGGUAUGACGGUGACACCAAGAGCCAACCUUUGGUUGAUCUCAAUGCGAGAGACUGGCAGGGGAAAACCCCGCUGCAUUUUGCCUGCGAGUCUGGGCACCAUGCCUUCAUUGAGCAGCUGGUCGCUGGCGGGGCCAACGUCCUGGUCGAGGACAACUUGGGCAGAACUCCGCUGUACUACGCCGCGUGGCCCGCGGACAGGGCGGUCCGUGAAAAGCUCGUGGACAUUCUUCUGAGAUGUGGAGCUGCCCUCUUCAUGUCUGUCUCCGCCCAUUUUGUCAUUCCAUUGUCCCAGUGCGACAGUUUUUCGGCCGCCAUGACGUGGCCAUCCUUGUGA